GAGGAAGAACAAAUGGCAUUUAAAAUUAAGGGGUUUGUUGCUUAUCAAUAGUUUCCUGCUCUUUGGGAUCCUAGUGGUCAUCAGCUGGAAGCCUCGCACGCAAGGCAAGUCGGAAAAAAUAUCUCAGCCAAAUUUUGAAAUUGUGAGAUUGGAUGAAGAAGUGAAUACAUCGGACGGACCGAAAAAGGACUGGCAUGACUAUAAAGCCAUGAUAAUCGACGCCAAACGUGUGGGCAUUGGAGAGCAGGGAGAGCCGGCUACUUUGAAUAACUUGGCCAGUGAUUUGAACAAAGAACUGUUUGCAAAACAUAUUUUCAAUGCGCUGCUUUCCGACGCUAUAUCGGUGAAUCGUUCAUUGCCCGAUGUUAGGCCUAGAGAGUGCAAAACCAAACUAUAUCUGAAAAAGCUGCCUAUGGUGAGCAUCAUUGUAAUUUUCUUCAACGAGCACAAAAGCGUUUUGUUGCGAUCCGUGCACAGCUUAAUCAACCGUUCGCCGCCCGAGCUAGUUAAGGAGAUUAUUCUUGUGGACGACUUCAGCGAUCUUGACUCUCUACACAAGUCAUUAGACGACUACAUCGCUCAGCACUUUACGAAAGUGCGAAUUUUGCGUCUGAACGAGCGAUCUGGUUUAAUACGCGCACGCAUGGCCGGAGCGCGCAUUGCGAAAGCUGAGGUCUUAGUCUUUAUGGACUCACACAUCGAGGCCGGAUAUAAUUGGCUGCCACCGUUAUUGGAGCCAAUCGUGUUGAACAGUCGGACAGUAAUGGGUCCCACUAUUGAUUUCAUAAAUGGCACACAGUUCUUCUAUGGAAAAUAUGAUUAUGGGAUGCGUGGUAUCUUCGACUUUUCAUUGAGGUAUUUAAAAACAAGCAGGCUGCCCGAAGACCAAAAACAUCCAUCGGAGCCAUUCAAAAAUCUUAUAAUGAUGGGUGGAUCAGUCGUUAUAUCCGCAAAGUUCUUUUGGGAGCUGGGAGGUUACGAUGAAGGUCUAGAUAUUUACGGGGGAGAGCAAUUUGAUUUGAGCUUCAAGAUAUGGAUGUGUGGCGGCCAACUCUAUGAAGCACCCUGUUCCCGUGUGGCACACUUAAGUCGUUCAUCCCAUUUGCACCUCUACAAUACAAAGAACGUAACAGUCACAAAAUAUAUUUACAGGAACUAUAAACGCGUGGCCGAAGUUUGGAUGGAUGAUUACAAAAAGUAUGUGAGCAUGCGUAUGGGCAGUUCUUAUAGAAGAGCUAAUCCCGGUGAUCUUACAUUAGCGAGAGCUUUGCGCUCUAAAUGUAAACCAUUUAAAUGGUUCUUGCAGAAUGUGGCAUAUGAUGUAAUGAAGAGAUUUCCGCCUAUUAAGCCUCCUAAUUAUGCUUAUGGCGCCAUACGAAAUGUAGCCGAACCAGACAUGUGUGUAGAUGCUCAUCCUAUUACGAACGGAAACCAUGUUGAUCUCGAACAGUGCGCCGAGGCCGUGCCGCAAUCCAAUAGCUCGCAAUUCUGGGAACUUACCGCGUAUCGGGACUUACGCUUGGCUAGCAAAGACUUUUGCCUUGAGGUUAGAGCACCGCAAUACAUUACAUCACUUUGGAUCUGGAGAUGCCACUAUCAGGGUAGAAAUCAAUAUUGGUUGUACGACUUCCAAGCCAAGCUACUGAAGCAAGUGUUUAAAAACACAACACGCUGUCUCGAGAUGUUGCCACACACCAAACAGUUAAUUAUAAAUCAAUGCAACAGCAGUAAUAGAUAUAUGCAGUGGACUUUCAGCUUCAAUAACCCCAAUGCACUUGGUAAUAACCAAAACAAUUAUAGUAUCCAGAGUGCUUAA